AUACAGAGAAAUAAUGUCAAAAAGUUUUAGAAAUAAUUGUUGUGAACACUUAUUUAUUUACUAGUGUUUAAAGAAAGAAAGUAUCAUCACCUUUUGAAUACAUGGGCAUUUUGGAUGUUUGUGAAAUUGGUUGAAUGAAAAGUAAAGUCAGUCACCCUUUUUUGCUCCUCAGAAAAAUGAACCAUGCCUCAAAACCAUAAUAAGAUCCAAACUGUGAUUGUCUUGAUCUGUAAACCAUUGAGAAAAACAUCUUAAUUUAUUUAGCCCUUCAACUAAAUAAGUUUACUGUCUCAAACAGCAUUCCAUCAGGAGCAUGUUCCCAUUAUGUUCUUAGUCCUGACAAUGCAACUGCAAUUGUUAAGAUUUGCUUGUUUUAGUUGUAUAGCCACCCCAUGAAAUCCUGGACAAGCCCUGACAGGAGGCUAGAUCUAAAAACAUGUUCAUUUUUUUCUUUUAAUCCAGAUUCUAAUCCAAGGCCUACAUGCUUCCAGUGUGACACAUUUUUCACCUUUUACAUUUUUCCAAGGACUUGUUUUACCAAAUGAUGUCAUUUUUAUUUUAUAAAUAGCAACCACAAUUUACUGCACAUCUAAAUCUCAAAGCAGUGCAGUAUGUGCAGAGCAGGGCGGAUCAAGGAGAGAGGGCACUGGGGGAGUAAAGCAGAGUUUCUUCUGGCUGUAGCAGGGAAUGUGGUUGGUCUGGGGAACGUGUGGAGGUUUCCAUACCUCUGCUACAAAAACGGAGGAGGCGCGUUUCUAAUACCCUAUCUGGUGUUUGUGGGGACCUGUGGGGUUCCUCUAUUCCUGCUAGAGAUGGCAAUGGGACAGUGUACACGCGAAGGUGCCAUUACAUGUUGGCAUCGCCUCUGUCCACUGGCUGGGGGUAUUGGUUAUGCAGGACAGCUUAUAUUGGUGUACAGCUGCAUGUGUUACAUCAUCAUUCUGGCCUGGGCACUUUUCUAUCUCAUCUUCUCUUUUAUCCCCCAACUGCCAUGGGCCAGCUGUGACAACACCUGGAACACAGAUGACUGUGUUAAUCUUGCUGCAAGGAAUCAGACCCUCAACCACACAGCAAGAAUGAAUUCGAUCUCCGCAGCUACUGAGUUCUGGGAACGCAGAGUUCUGGUUCUAUCUGGAGGUAUUGAGCAGAUGGGUACCAUCAACUGGAAGAUUGUACUGUGUCUCAUUCCAAUGUGGAUCACAUGUUAUUUUUGUAUCUGGAAAGGAGUCAAAUCUACAGGCAAGGUGGUGUAUUUCACAGCCACAUUUCCUUAUGUGAUGUUACUGGUGUUGCUGAUCCGUGGGUUGACUCUUCCUGGAGCCCUACAGGGGAUCAUGUUUUACCUGUACCCUGAACCAUCCCGUCUCACUGACCCACAGGUUUGGAUGGAGGCUGGAACUCAAAUAUUUUUCUCCUACAGUUUGUGUAGUGGCAGUCUCAUUGUACUUGGCAGCUAUAAUAAAUACAACAACAACUGCUACAGAGACUGCUUUUGGUUGUGCCUACUGAACAGUGGCACCAGCUUGGUGGCUGGUUUUGCUGUGUUCUCAGUCCUGGGCUUCAUGGCUCAUGAGCUGGGCGUCCCUAUUGAGGAGGUGGCAGAAUCAGGUCCAGGUCUAGCGUUCAUAGCUUAUCCACAGGCAGUUGCUAUGAUGCCUCUUCCUCAGUUGUGGGCUGUGUGUUUCUUCAUCAUGAUUCUUUUGCUGGGUCUAGACACACAGUUCGUUAUGAUGGAGGUUAUCAUAACAUCAGUGACAGACUUGUUCCCCAAGACACUACGUAAAGCUGGGCGUCAAGAAAUUUUCCUCCUGCUCUUCUGCCUGAUUUGCUUCUGCAGCCAACUCGCCAUGGUUACAGAGGAACUCUUGUGCAGUGGUUCAGGUGAUAUCAGGUGCUUUUUCCUUCUACUUGGACUGCCGUGGAAGUAGCUGCUACCACUCUAUAAGGUCCUUCCCUUCUCGGUUCAUUCCAUUUCCUCCUGAAUACCCUUAGAUAUACUUGAUCCCCUUUGGCAAAUGGACAUGUGGUCUCUGUCUCCUCAUACAUCUCCUCACAAGUCUCCUUUCUCUUUUCCUGCACAAAGAAAGCUUUAUAGAUAGCAAUUAGUUUUCUCAUAUAUGAUCUCAAUUCCAUUUGCAAUUGUUCUAAUGGGAGUCCUUUGUAUGGGCCUCUGCUGCAUGGUACCGGCAUAAGUCGACCUGUAAGCAUUUCAUGGGGUGUUAAAUGCGUGUUUCUGUUAGUUUGCAUGCGAUAGUUCAUUAGUGCAAGAGGUAAAGCAUCAAUCAAAUUAAGUUUAGUAUUUUCACAUAUCGUAUUGAGCAUGGCCUUGAUGAUUCCAUUGGUUGCUUUAAUUACAGGGAAAAUUGAGCGUUACAAUAAUUGUUCAUUUCAAUUAGUACUCCUGUUUUUUACAAGUACUUUAAUAGUAUAUCAUUCGCACUGCAUACGUUCACCUCUGCAAUAUCUCCAGACUUUGCCAUUCCUUACCUAACACAAUACAUGCCCUCGUCAGUUCCCCUAAUGACUACUGCAACACCCUCCUCAUUGGUAUCAAAAUAAUUCUCUUCAUCACCUCCAAUCCAUUCAAAACUCAGCAGCUCGGAUUAUCAUCUGCAUCAGUUUAACAGAUCAUAUCACUCUCCUACCCAUACCGCUCCACUGGCUUUCUGUUCUUCACCAGAUCAACUACUCAACUCUCAACUCAACUUUAUUUAUAAAGCGCUUUUACAAUUUUCAUUGUUACAAAGCAGCUGUACAUGAGACCAUAUUGACUAUAAGCAAAAUAAUUAAAGUUGUACCUGCAAAAACAAGAAAAGGUUGAAAACACAGAAGACAGACAUACCCACAUACAAAACACACCACACACACAAUAUGCACACGUACUAACACACAUAGACAUAGAGACACACACACACACACGGAUACGCACGCACACACACACAACACACACGUACGUACACAGACAAGUAUGCACACACACACACACACACACACACACACACACAUACUUGUUUUUAUGCAAUGUGGGGGUCACCUGUCUGAAUAACUACAUAAUGAGGACCACCAUUUCCUAUGGUCCUACAGAACUAAAAAUAUAUAUUGACAUAUAAUAAAAUGCCUGUAUAACAAAUAUUAGUUAAGAUUACAAAUAUUUCACUACAAAAAUUUCAAACAUGACACAGUACCUACUUGUGGGGUCAUUACAGGUAUUGGGUAAAUCUGAGGUCCGGCAAUACACACAGCCGGUUUCUGGGCAUUGUGGGGAUCAAAUCUAACACACCGAGCACUGGUUUCUGGGCAUUGUGGGGAUCAAAUCUAACACACCGAGCACAGGUUUCUGGGCAUUGUGGGGAUCAAAUCUAACACACC